AUGGAGCCUGGAUCCCCUGCGCGGAUUCAGACACCGGAGCCACUAGCUUCGUUAUCCAACGUCAACACCAGAUCGUACGCCCGAGGUGCUGCUGCCACGCAUGCCCCUAACAGUACUGUGACCAGCGUCACCGAACGCCCUUUGACCCAGUCGGCAUCCCGAGGGCCCCCCAACCCCAGGCUACUACGCCACCUCGACGCGGACGAACGGCAGCAUCUGAAGCAGGCAUUAGCUGAGAUCCAUGAGCGUCGAGCAAGUGGUGAACAUCCGGGAUUUUCAAGUCCAGAGGAGGCGCCCACAUUUCCGGUGGAGCCCUCUUGCAAUAUCGAACAGAAAGUCUCCUCCGGCGUAAACUGGAGGGACGUGUGGUCGGCUGCCAUCGACAGGCGCAGCCGCGCGUGCAUAGUGUCUGUCAAUGUGCGUAGUGUUUUGAACAAAUAA